AUGAUCACGCCGGCCGUGUUGGCCACCGACGGCGAUCCGGUGACACGGGAGUCACCGAGUCACAAGAAACGAACGUGGUAUAGAUUGCUGGCGAGAAUCCUUCUGGGAUGCCACAACAUCGAUGAAGAAGACUCAGACAUCAAAGUCUCUCUGUUCUCGGGCACGAACCAUAAAACGAAAUCAAUGGGUAGCAGCCGCAAAUCCACAAAGCCUUUACCCGACGCCAAGACAAACAACAAGAAGGAACAACGACGCAAUAUCGUUGAGCCCGUUUCCACGGCGUUUGCGGAUACAAUGACCAAGAUCAAGCAACACAAUAGACGGCGCCGGCGCCGUGACGCUGUGCACGAGGAGAGCGAGGAGUCUAUCUUUCAGGAUAUGUCUGAAGUCCAGAGAGUCAUUGCUUAUUCCUGGUUUUACGAUCAUCCUGAGGAGCUUCCAGAGAGGGAGAGUGCUGCGACAAAGAUGGCCACGAGGAAGCCGAGGAGGAUCAAGGUGCAGUUCGAUCUUGGGAUUUGGCAGCGGGCGAGGAAAAUGCCUUUUGGCCUGGUUGAUGGGGAGGAUUUGGUAGAUGGCAUGGAUCCUUUGGAUGCCCCUGGAUUCCUACGGAAGAAGCAACGGCCGAUCGACGAGAAGCCCGUGCCGGAGACGCUCACUUUUAUAAGGACGAAGAGCAACAGUGUAUGA